AUUAACUGAGUGUAUCCAUCGUUUUGAACACCAUUUCCCAUAAACAUCCAUUCCGACCGAAUCCACCAAUUAUUUCAUUUUUCAACUUUGCAAUUACUUAAAUUAUUUUGUUUAAAUUAUUUUAAUAAAAUUAUUUUGUUUAAAUUAUUUUGUUUAAAUUAUUUUAAUGAAAUUAUUUUAAUGAAAUUAUUUUAAUGAAAUUAUUUUAAUGAAAUUACUUUGUUUAAAUUACUUUGUUUAAAUUAUUUAAGAAAAUUAUUUUAAUGAAAUUAUUUUAAUGAAAUUACUUUGUUUAAAUUACUUUGUUUAAAUUACUUUGUUUAAAUUAUUUAAGAAAAUUAUUUUAUUAAAAUUAUUUUAAUGAAAUUUGGUUGUGAUUUACGAUGGUUUCAGCGUUGACUGGGACGCUGUUGAAAUGUGAUCCGCCUACGAUGGAAAUAGUUAAGCAAAUAAAUGAAAGUAAACAUUUUAUUAUUGAGCAAAUUGACGAAGGCGUAGCACUUUGCAAAGACUCCGUCACACAAUUUCUCAAGGAAGAAGUUACCAGACGACUUGAAAUCGCAGAAUGCUACAUCCCACCAAAUGAACAGAAAUGA